AUGAAGAACGGCACAUUAGAAUGCAGUGUGUGCCAUUCAAAAUUGGUUUCUCCAAAUUCUAGAACAUAUUCGAAGGCGUAUGAUCGACAUAAAAACAGGGUUUCAUCGAAGCAGCGUGCCCUUAAUGUACUUUUGGUUGUUGGCGAUUGUGUCCUAGUUGGUCUACAGCCAAUUUUGGUUUAUAUGUCCAAGGUGGAUGGGAAGUUCAAUUUUAGCCCUCUUAGUGUGAACUUCUUAAUAGAGGUUGCGAAGGUCCUGUUUGCAAUCAUUAUGCUUUUGUUCCAGGCAAGGCAUCAGAAAGUUGGAGAGAAGCCCCUUGUAUCAAUUUCCACAUUUGUACAGGCAGCUCGUAACAAUGUUCUUCUUGCUGUUCCAGCUUUUCUAUAUGCUAUCAAUAACUAUCUAAAGUUCAUCAUGCAGUUAUAUUUCAAUCCUGCAACUGUGAAGAUGCUGAGCAAUUUGAAGUGGGAAGCUCUUGCUUUGUUGCUCAUUGGAAUAAGUGUAAAUCAGCUGCGCUCUUUACCUGAAGGUACCACCGCUAUGGGCCUUCCAGUUGCAACGGGUGCAUACGUCUACACAUUGAUCUUUGUGACCGUGCCAUCUAUGGCCUCUGUCUUUAAUGAAUAUGCUCUGAAGAGCCAAUAUGACACAAGCAUAUAUCUUCAGAAGUACUCUUCAACAGUCGCAACAAUCUUCACAGGCUUUGCAUCUGCUGCAUUGUUUGGUCAUACUUUGACCAUAAACUUUAUGUUAGGAAUUUCUAUUGUGUUCAUCUCGAUGCACCAGUUUUUUUCACCGCUUGCAAAAGUGAAGGAUGAACAGCAGAAUGGAAUGACAGAACUAAGGGAUGUUCCUGAGAAACUCAAGUCAAAAGAUUCGUUCCUAGAUUUGGCAGCCGCAGCAAAUGAAGAGGAAUUUUUGUGGAAAGAAUUCUUUUGGCAGGACUUGUUGGAUUGA